AUGGAAGGCACAUCAACAAGGAGUGGAAAGAUUAGGGGGAUGAACGUGAAACAUUCUGGCACCCCUAAGAAACUGGAAGCCAUACCUACCUUCAUCAAUGAACGGGCUGUAAAGAGGCAUGAAGUUAUGCUGAAGAGGAAUCUCCUCUCUGAUAGAGGUUUCGUGCAAGAAUUCCAUGCCAACAUGCCUCAGAGCAAAUCCACUAAGGUUAUGGUCAGAGGAACAAGUGUAUCCUUCAGCAAUGCUACCAUCAAGAGGGUGUACAACUUGCCCACCAUUGUGGAUGAGUAUCAAGGUCUGAAGACCACCAAUGAUGAGGAAUUUCUGAAACAAGUCCUUGAGGACUUGUGUGUGGAGGGGACGACAUGGACUGAGUCGGCCCAAAAGAGUCUCUCUUUUCUGAGAAGUGCACUGAAGCUCGAAGCAAGGGUGUGGUACCAUUUUUUGAAGAGUAGGCUAAAGCCUACUUCCCACACUGAGACUGUGAACAAGGAAAGAGCAAUAUUGCUCUCUUGUAUUCUGGAUGGAAGACCCAUUGAUGUGGGUCGUAUUAUUCAAGCCGAAAUUGUGGCUUGCUCCAAAACCGAUACUGGCUACCUGUUCUUCCCUGGAUUGAUCACCCAGUUAUGCCAGGAAGCCAAUGUUCCCAUUGCUGAUGAUGAGGAACGUUUCCAGAUCACAGAACCAAUCACACCCUACACCACUGAAAGGGUCAGCAAGAAGGCAAAGGUACUUGCUGGAGAAACUAUAUCUUCACCAAAAUCCCGAGGAAAGAAUGCUGCAGCAUCAACUUCCACAGUAGCAGGGGAAGAAGAUUCAAUCUGGAAGAAGAGGAUCGACGACAGACUGAAGAAGAUUGAGAACGACCAAAUGGAGACCAGGAAGGAAAUCAUGGACAAACUGAAUAACAUGGACAAUUUCAUCCUAGCUCAACUUGGUUUUCUCAAAGCUCCUGAACAGAAAGAAGGCCAGAGUAAGGCUGCAGCAUCUGAAGAAGAAGAAGCAGCAGCAGAAGAAGAGGAUGAGGCAGCAGAAGAAAAAGAAAAAGAAGAAGAGGAAAAAGAAGGGGAUAGUGAUUGA